AUGGAGGAGCUCAACUUCACUGUGGUGGAAUCUAACAUGUUCCGUUCUUUCUCUUCUUCUGAAUACCAACCUCAUGUGGUCCCUGCAGUGAUGCUGUCCAUUAUCUUCCUGCUGGGAGUUCCUGGAAACAUCGUCGUGGUUCUUCUCAGACCCAACUUUCAGCAUCUGUCCAGCCUGAGCCAGAGUUUGAUGUUAAAUCUGGCUUUUUCAGACCUGCUCUGCCUGCUGAUGCUCCCGCUGUGGAUUUACACUUUGCUCUACAGCUGGAUCUUCAGCCCGGAAGCCUGCAAACUGAUGACGUACCUCAUGUACUGCAGCAUUUAUGGCAGCCAGCUGACUGUGACGAUGCUGGCCGUCCAGCGCAACCUGCUGGUUGUGCGCUGGAAGAAGUUCCUACAUCUUGGAAGGAAGAGGCUGCUGGUUCUGCUCUGGCUGGUUGCAGUGCUGCUGUCCAUUCCUGCUUUAGUGUUUCAAGGCCUGCACAGAGAUCACAACUGGUCAAAAUGCGUGCGUCACUACUCCUCCGAUGCCCAGAGGAUUGCUGCAAUGCUGACCGAAACUGUGGCCGGAAUAAUUUCACUCUUUGUCGUGGCAUUUGCUUACAUCCAAGUCCGCAGAAAGGUGAACCAGGCGGCUUUUUUCAACAACCCCCAGACAAACAGACUGGUUAUCAGCAUCAUUGUGACCUUUUUUGUUCUGUGGGUGCCGUAUCACAUCAUGAACGUGCUGGGUGUCGUUGCCAUUUCUCUCAACAAGAGUUUGUUGAAAUUUUUUGCAAACGCAUGGAACACUGUUGUUGCUGUAACAUUUGUGAACAGCUGCCUGAAUCCACUCCUGUAUGCAUUUGCUUCUUACAAAAUGCACCAAACAACCACAACAAAUAAUGCAGCUGCUGAAGAUGAAGAGCUACAAGAAUAAUAUCAC